AUGGCAGCUGUUCAGAACGCACUCGCUAAGACCUUCAAGGCUUUACACACCUCGGGAUCCCCUCUCAUCUUUGCAAAUAUCUACGAUGCAGUAUCUGCUCGGGCUGUAGCAUCUUUGCCCAGCGCAAAGGCUCUUGCUACUGCCAGCUAUGCGGUUGCAGAAGCCGCAGGUCUCAAAGAUGACACAUUGACGCGGGCUGUCAAUGUGGCAUCAGCUAGAAAUAUUGCUUCAGCUAUUACGGAAUUCGGAAAGCCUUUGUCAGUUGACUUCCAAGAUGGAUACGGGGACGAGCUUGAGGAGGGUGUAACAGAACUCCUUAAAGCUGGCGUUGUCGGCAUCAAUCUCGAGGACUACAACGGAAUCGCAAAGAAAUUCUACAGCAUUUCUGAGGCAGCAGAUUGA